UCAUAAUUUCAGACAAUUCUGAACUAAUUCCGAGAAAUAAAUAAAUCCCAAAAACAUUAAAAAACGAACAAAAACUACAAUUUUUGAACGAAUACAUAAAAAUUCCUUUGAAAAUAAUUUCAAUUGUUAAAUACAAUUAUAAAAAAAAAUACCAAAAAUAAUUUGAACGAACACAACAAGGUUGUACACAAGCUGGAGAGAAAAAAAAACAUUUGAGAAAGCAAAACAAAAAUCAAGAACUUCAAAUUAACUUGUCGAGACAACCAAAUUCUAAUUGUGACAAGUGGAUUUGAACCAUGAAAAUAUCCGUACUAGUUUUAGCAACUUCCAUAGCGGUGGCUAUUGGAUUCGACAAUGGAACAAUGAUUAACAGACAGCCUCGCGUGGGUGGUGGUAGUGCGGUUGGUAUCGAAAAAGCACCUUAUAUGGCGUAUGUAUCUGCGUAUGUUGAAGGAUUGGAGAGUUUUUUGUGCAGCGGGGUUAUUCUCUCUGAACAAUCAGUACUUACUUCAAGUAGAUGUGCCACGGCAUGUCAAACAAUUCUAGGACAAGCAAUAGGUAGACAAUCAAAAUCAGAGUGUCGAGUUUCUGUUGGAACGACCGGCGGCGAAAAAGAUGGCAGCCCAGUUACGCGUUGUGUUCAAGAUGAGGCAAGUGGCUUAGGUAUUUUGUUUACUACGAUUUCCUUAUCGGAAAAAGCGAAAAAAAUCGAGAUACCCGACAAAGAAACAGCCGAUGGUACCGGGAUCCUAGUUUCUAGCUAUUUUAAUGUGGGGGGAGGAAUACGUUUAAACCAGGCGGAAGGUAAAGUGAAAAUAGGAGCAGAUAAAAAAACAGCAACUGUGGAACCAAAAACUGUGUAUGCUUGCUGUGAAACGGCUAUGGCUUCGAAAGAUCAUUCCCAAUUGAUAGCAUUUUCGGUAACCAUAGAGUGUAAGGAAGGAACACCAUUCGUCCUAAUUUAUCCACAUCGUGAUUGGAUUAAUACAAAUUUUGGACACCGUGUACAAGACACCAGCAUGAUCAUUGGAGCCCUCCUCCUGGAAAUGGUUGUCGUUGCCAUUGCUAAUAUUACAUUCAAUUGA